AUCCUGUUGUUCGUCGCUUGUCCUUGUCAUAUCAUAACCAUGUCCUGUCCUGUGGAGACCGCUCUCUGUGUUUUCAUCGCCUUGAUAUGUGUGGGGUUCCUUUCAGCGAUGACCUUACAGGAUGCAUGUGGUCCCUUACCAGACGUCCCUUUUGCAAUGAAGCCACGAGGACAGUCGCGCUUCACUGAGGGUCAGGAGUUGGAAUAUGGCUGUAGAGGUGGCUAUCAGCGACGAGGGAAUCGCAGGAUUCGCUGUUCGAACAACCAGUGGGAAUGGGUCGACCCGAACCGACCUUUUUCUUGUCGAAUUGUGAUAUGCCCUCCGCCACCCCAAGUUGUUCAUGGCUCAUACCCAGGUCAUGACUAUUCCUUUGGUAACAUUUUGACCAUGAGAUGUGAUGAAGGUUAUAAGAUCAAGACGACUGGCCUUGAUCACAUCAUCUGCCAGCCAAACCGAAGAUGGACCGUCAUAUCGGCGUGGUGCGAGGCGGUCACAUGUCGUCCAUUAGCCGCACCACAGUAUGGCUCGAUGACCUUGGUGCGAGGGUCCGACUCGCUGGUUGUCGGAACCGCCUACUCAUUUGAGUGUGACCGUGAGCACAUGUUACGUGGCUACCGGGCGAGGGAAAAGAUGGAACGGGAGUGCCGCCCUGAUGGCACGUGGGACAAUGUAGAGGCAGAGUGUAUAGAUAUUCAAUGUCCAGUAUUAGACCGCUUGGAGAACGGAAUAGUUGAUGCAGUGGACAAUCAUUUCGGAGCCAUUGCUACAUUUGACUGUAAUAAUGGAUACGACAUGAUCCCACAUUAUUCUGCUGACUCGAAGGUGACAUACUGCCAACGGGAUGGAAAAUGGUCAGUCACCAUUCCCGAGUGCAAACCAAACCAUUGUGGGGCACUACCACCCAAGGCGAACGCCCUCUUCGGCCAAGGGCAAUGGUUUUCGAUUGGCGUGAAAAAAAAUUACGGAUGUAACCAUGGUUACACGUACAGAGGCAGCCCAUGGAUUAGCUGCACCCAUGAUGGGUGGGUGUGGGACACUCCAGACAGGCCAUUCUACUGCCAAGAGAACUGCGGGCCUCCUGGAAAUAGUGGUGUCGCCCAUGCCAAGUCGAUCCAGUCCGGGUCGUAUAGAGUUAAUGAAGUGGUGAACAUGGAGUGCGAAGACGAUUAUACACUGAGAGGAGAAACGGAGAUGAGGUGUACUGAACAGCACAGUGCAGAUGGAACUCCAACAAGCCCCACAUGGGUGUGGACCAAUCCUGAAAACAAAAUGAAGUGUCACGAAAAGUGCCAUGAUCCUACCCUCUUGGCCAAUAUCAAGUUGCAACAUAGAAGAUACGAUAUUGGCAGAGUCUUUACAUUGGAGUGUGACAACGGCUACUCACCUGGUGUGACGCCUCACAACAGUAGGGUGCAAUGUUCGGAAAAUAAUCGAUGGAGUUGGUUGAAAUCAAAUGAUCCCCCUCUUUCAUGCCAUGCGAAUUGCCGUGACACGCCUAACGUUGCUCAUGCAAUCAAGCAGGGCGCAACUACCAGUUACCCAAUAGGGCAUCCGAUAGCAAUGGCUUGUGCCAGGGGCUACAAAGUGCGAGGUAACAACAAUCUCAGAUGUACAACCAGUGGCUGGAUGUGGCUUGAUCACAGCAGCAGAUUUUCAUGUAAAAAGGAAUCUAUUAUUGAAGUGCCAAAAGGACGAGACGGAUUUUGUCCGCGGCCGGUGCUGGGCGGUCGAGAGGUGUACUUCUACAAAGAGACAUCCCUAGCAGCACUCACCGGGAAUGGCUUUAAAGAAUUCAGAGUGGGAACCACCUUGAGAUGCGUUUGUUCAAAUCCCGGAGAGAUGUUCAUGAAGGAAAACGACCGCAGAGUCCAUGCACGUGAUGUUCAAUGUCUUCCUGGUGGCAGCUGGCAACAGUGUAAUUGCGACAUGAUCCCAAGUGAAGUUCGUGAAACACCCCGCAUAAGAAUUCGGUCGGUUGGAUACAAAGUCCUACCGGACGGUGCAAUGAGAAUUCCAAGAGUUUCUAAUAUCAGGCCUAUUUACCUUGAUUGUGAAUUCGUCAUUUGGAGAGGUGGCGAUUACAAUGGGGAUUGGUUGCAUCCAGAUCCAUACGGUUUCCAGUUUGAUCUUAUAGCAGCCGGAGAACGUUUUAUAGAUACAUCGAUAUCUGGUCUGAGCAUCAUGAGCCAAACCCUGAAGAUUAAGAGAGAGUACGGAAAUGAUAGACCAGACGGAACGUACAAUUGCACAAAAGUAAUUAUAUGGUAUGGUAACAGACAAACCUACCAUAAUUCAAUUAAGCUAGUCACGCAAGAUCCGUACAGAGAUGUUUGCUGCCCUUCGCUCGCUUUCAUAGCGGACGGUUCCAUGGAAUUGGAAAAGGGAAGAUCGUGUAAUGACGGAGUUGGAAAAAUGGCUGGUUCUAAAUGGAAGUUUCAAUGCGACGAUGAUUUUACCAUAGAAGGAGACGAAUACACGCACUGCCUCAAUGAUGGAACAUGGUCCCACCCACCUCCUACAUGCAGGCUAGAGGUUUGUAAACAUUUGCCAUUCGUGAAGAAUGGGCAGAUCCUUCGCCGAAAUCGCGACAUAAACGACGUGGAAACCGUGGAGAUGAAGUGCCUGCCGGAGUUCUCUGAGGUCAUUGGGAGUAAUCUCUGGAAAUGUGAGCAUGGGUGGUGGGUCCAGGCGCCGGAUCAGGUCCCGCUGCGUUGUGAGAAAGAAUUCUGCGAAGGUUUCCCAUUCGUACGAGACCAACACUGCGCAGUGCUGGAGAGAGGGGAAAGCAUUACCAAGCGUGAACAGUUAUUCACAGGCGAGCAGUUGACAACAUACCACUUGGCAGGAAGUGAAGUCGUAGAAAAGUGUACGGGCACAACCUCUGCCUGGGUGUGCCGUGGGAGAAAGUGGGAGAGUGUCAAUCCAUGCCUAGGAUACCCGCAAGGUUUGUCAAAAAACGACGUGGAAAUUUCACCUAGCGCCACCUUCACAACGGAUACUGGUGACCUUGUUGUUCCCGGUACACCCCUUUAUAACAACGUAGGAAAGGAGCAUUGGGUUUGCGACAGAAAUGGGCAAUGGAAUCGAACAAGGUUUUGUCAAAAAUUGCCGUCGAGUCUCCAGACACGAUGCACUUCAUUGGAGAUCGGUGCAACACUUUCCGUCAGGGACUCAUGGAUGGCCCGCGGCGAUGCGGCGUUCAUCACGUACUACACAGCCGCGAGCAAGCUAUCCAGCAAUUGCUCAGGAACUGACCAGAAAUGGUUGUGUGACAAUGGCCAGUGGGCGCGUUGGACCAACUGCGAUGAAUUACCAACCCAACUGACAAUUCGGGCUUCUCCGUUGAAGCUGCAUUCAAGUGAGGCGAGGGACGUGACGUCAUGGGCGGAUGGGCAGACGAUAAAGGUGGAAUGCUUGAUCGGGUAUAGUCUGAAGACCGAGACCGGAGACUCGUGGACAUGUGACCAAGGGACAUGGAAACAGAGCAGAGCAGAUCUCGAUGUGCCAGAAUGUACUCGAGACAUGAGUAGACCUACAUCAAAUGUUGGUCAAGGUCAGUGGUGUGACCCAGACACUGACAUUCCAAGUGGUUCUGUCAUAACCGCGGCCGGGGACUACGGCAAUUACGACGAUAACGGCAAAACAGUCAUUGAGGUCGAGUGCAACAAUGGGGCAAGAGUCAACAUUACUUGUAUCAGUGGCAGUUAUGAUCCAGAGCCAAGCCAGGCCUGUAUCUGAUCCGCCCAUUUGAUGACACCGAGGUUGAAAUCCGCCAUUGCGAUUUCAGGCUUACGAUGUACUGACGACAGACAGAAGUCAAUUGCGGGCUUUAUUAUUUUUUUGUGGCGACUGGGCUGAAGGAAUUUUUUCGUAAGAAAGAGACCUGCAGGUAACGAUUCGGCUUUUUGUUCGCAAGUUCAGCACCCAACCGACUGGUGGUGAGCAGAAAUCGGAUUGACCGCACCCAAUUGAAACCCCAUCGUAAGAAAACUAGCGCAAUGGUGGAUCAGCUCCUAAAAACGCCAGCUGAGAAUUGACUUUUUAAGUUAAAUUUUACAAUAUAUAUAUAGAUGUAUGUACAGUGUACGUUGUGAGUAGGCCUAUUAUAAAUGCAACGCGAAUCCAGUCGGACAAAAAACAUGCACAGCAGUACUAUACAAGCCAAGUUUAAUUUACAAUGUAACCACUAUACUUGACUUCGCGGUAAGGGUAGGUUUCCAUUGAAUUUAAUUUUGCUUGAAUUACACAAUUGGCGCUUUUUUUCAGAAACUUCAGUAGAGCAUUCAGUCAGUUAAUCAAAUCAUGGCUUCUCUAGCCACAAAAUAAACAUGAAGGUUUUUCUAC